GGUGCAAACAAAUAUCCACGGGACUUCGGAGAACAUUGGAUAUUGAAUACCUCCCUGCUGCCAACGAGGGGUCAAUAUGAUGACGUCGCAUAAGCCGAACCAGGAAUGUUGCAGCUCGUAUGCCGUAUGCCGUAUGUCGUAUGUCGUAUGCAGACUUAUUACGGGGAUUGAGAGAAAUGAAAAAAAUUGUGUAGAGUGUACCACGACUACUACUACUACUACUACUACUACUACUACUACUACCAUCGCCUCUAGAUACAUAUCCAAUAGCUAAACAAGAGCAAACAAAACCGCUAAUACCUACGCAUCAUCUUUCUCGUCCGUUAUUCAACCUUCGAUAUUGGGUCGUCGUCCACUCAAGCAAGUAUAGGCAAGGCAAAUAUGGAUUCGGAAAGGCUGCAGAAGCCUUUCAAAAAUCGCGAUGAAUUAAAGGAGAAACUUUCCAUCGAUCAUUUCGAUUUGAACGCGAUUCUGCGAGGAGCCCAGUUGACAAUUGUGGGAGCUCUAAGAGCUCUGCGAAAUCCGCAAUUGUUUACUUCGGAGCAUUACAAGCAGGCUGCUCUCGCCGUUCUGGCAGGCGUCGUAAUUCGACUAGCUAUAGAGAUCCCCAUUUUUGGUGUGAGAGUCUUCCUAUGGCUUAUGUCAUUUGUUGUAGACCUAGGAGCCUCUACCUUCGAUGAUAGGGUUGUCGAGGGCUUAGAUCUGAUCCAGAAUCAUGUUCUACAAGUUCCGUUCUUUCUCAUGAGUAUACUAAGUCGAGUCACUCCAACCCUUGACAACAUGUUCAUGAUGAGCCUUGCAUUCGUCGACGAAACAUAUUACGAGAAACACAAAGGAGAGGAACGCUCCACACUACGAGACGAAUAUUAUCCAAAUUUACGACGAUAUCCCAAGAGAGAUGGCACAACUCACAAAACAAGCACGGCUGAGAACAUGUCCAUAUUUUUGUUGAAGUUUGGAAAAAAGGCGGGGCUCUCUUUGGCAGUAUAUGCUCUAUCUUACGUUCCGAUCCUGGGAAGAUUCGUGCUUCCGGCUGCCAGUUUCUAUACAUUCCAUAAAGCCGCAGGACUUGGUCCCGGCCUUAUAGUGUUUGGCACGGGUAUCUUUUUGCCUCGUAGAUAUCUCGUAAUCUUUCUACAGAGUUACUUCUCAUCACGCAGUUUGAUGCGUGAACUGCUUGAGCCAUACUUCGCUCGUAUCAAAUUUACCAAGGAGCAAAAGAAGAAUUGGUUUUAUGAUCGAGAAGGACUCUUGUUCGGCUUUGGUAUCGGAUUCUAUAUAUUCCUUCGAAUCCCUCUGCUCGGUGUACUUGUCUAUGGUAUUGCAGAAGCAUCCACAGCAUAUCUUAUUACCAAAAUUACCGACCCGCCACCACCUGUUGGACAAGAGGACGACUUUGCUGCUAGCCAACAAAAGUGGAAGAACAAGCAUGAAUUCUUGAAUCUCAAACUCGACCAAUUAGAUUCUCUGAACACUUCCAGUAGGAAUGAAGUCACUCAAAGCGUUUCAAGCGAGAAAGCUUCAUCAUCGGCCACAGAAGUGCCUCCGCCGUACAGCGAGUUAAGAUCACGGUAAUGGAUGGAAGGUAUAAAUAGAGAGCAUAUGACCGGUAGCAUGCACCAUCACCCAAUGAUGUGAACGACAUGACCGAAACGUUUGCCAUGUUCUACGGUUACCAAGCAUAUGGUGGGCAACUACCAAGAAAUAUUCGUGUUACAUUGUAUACUGCAGCUCACUAGACAUUAAUCAUGCCACAUCCUGUUGCCAAAUUCCAGACCUCCAUGCCAGACACGCUUUAGCCAUCAUGAAUUUCCCGAGGCAGCUGAAUGAUUCCAUUUCUUUUGAAAUUCUCAGCAUCACACAUAUUUCCAACGCCAAUGAACCCCGCAUUUCUCCCCGUCUUGAUACUCUCUUGAUUCGAGUGCCACUUAGAUUGGUCCGCAAAGAUGAUUGGUUCGAUCCAUUUGAGAGAGGAGGGGUAAUUUGUAAUUUGUAAUUUGCGAUAAGAGCUUCCGAAUCGUCCUCUUGCUUAUCAUUUCUUACGUCUCUUUUAUGAUCAGCCACUUGUAUAUCUAUCUGUAUCUAGAUAUUGAUAGGAAUUGUAUCCCAUUCUCGGUUGAGCAUCUACUAGUUAACCUAAAGUAUAAUAAGAGUACA